AAUGAAUGGUGUCAUGUGAUUGGUGGCUUUGUUCAUUCAUCUGGCCAAAGUCCAGUUAUCUCUGACUGUGUAAUUUGUUUUUCUCCAGGGUCGUCUGAGGUUCAGGUUGUUGGACCGGCUGACCCAGUCGUUGCCUUAGCUGGUGAUGACAUCAUUCUACCAUGUUCCCUGGAACCCAGUGUCAGUGCUGAGAACAUGGCAGUGCAGUGGACAAGAUUGAACCUGAAAGCAGAAAACGUCCAUCUUUACCUUGACGGUCGAGACUCCAAUGGGGAUCAGUUUCCAUCCUACAGGGGAAGGACAUCAAUGUUUCAUGAAGAACUGAAUAACGGCAACGUCUCCUUAAAGCUGACCAGAGUUACUCUCUCUGAUACUGGAGGCUACAGGUGCUUCAUUCCAACACUGACCAGCCAGGUGAAGGAAACCACCGUUCAACUCCUUGUUGGUGCUGUAUCUCAGCCAGUGAUCUCCAUUGAUGGACCUAAAGGCUGGGGGGUGGUCCUGAAGUGUGAGUCUGGAGGCUGGUUUCCUGAACCUCAGAUGGAGUGGCUGGACAGUUCUGGAACCAUCCUCCCUGCUGAUGGACCUCCAGAGAGACACAGAGACUCAGAGGACCUCUACGCUGUGAGACAACAUGUCACCGUGAACCAGACUGACACCAACAGGUUCACCUGUAGAGUUCACCAGACGGAGAUCAACCACCUGAAGGAGACUGAGAUUCAUGUCCCAGAUGACGUGUUUCCUAAAUCACAAGUAGGGUUGAUUGUUGGUCUGUCAAUAGCAGCAGCUGUUGUAGUUCUCACAGCUUCAGUUGGUGUCUACAAGUGGAGAAAACAUACAGAGAAGCUUAGAAGAGAAUUUGAAGAAGAAGAGAAGAAGCUUAGAGACAAUUUUGAUGAACAAGUGAAUGACUUCAAAUUGAUAAGGGAAGUGAAGCUUGAUGCCCUGUUUGUGAACAUAAAGAGGGUUCACCUCAUUCAGCGUGUUACCAUGGUGAUUCCCAUAGCAUUUUACUUGAUCCGUUCUGAGACGUACUCUAAGAUCCAUGCUGCCAAGACCAGACAGGACCAGAUGAAACUGUUGUUCCAGACCCUAGAAAAAGCAGAAGACACAAGAGGGGAAAAGCUGAAAUCAGACUUUUACAGGAUUCUACUGGAUCUGGAACCUGACGUUGUCAAAGACCGGGAUCAAACUGAACAGCGAAACCCGACCAGACGACCAAACCAGACUAGACUGCGAAGCCGGACUGAAACGCUGGUCAGAAGACCGAGUGGUGAGUUGUGUGAAAGUAAUAAUAAUAAUGAUGGUGAACCCAACUCUAUUACAUCAAUAGACUGAGAUAUCAUCCAUAUA